UGGUUGUGAUAAUCACCUGCUUCACCAUUAUGAUCAAAACCCUAAGCUCUAACUUCAUUCAGACUUAUUCUAAGCAACAGAAGCCAAAGCUCCCUCCUGGACCCAAACCAUGGCCUAUAGUUGGCAACCUUCCUGAAAUGCUUGCAAGCAAACCUGCUUAUAAGUGGAUACAUAAUCUCAUGAAACAAAUGAACACUGAUAUUGCUUGUAUCCGCUUAGGAAAUGCCUAUGUCAUCCCAGUCACGUCUCCCACCAUUGCUACCGAGUUCUUGAGAAAACAAGAUGCUACUUUUGCAUCAAGAUCACUCAGCAUGGCCAGUGAUCUCAUUACUAGUGGAUAUUCAACAACAAUUUUUGUGCCCUUUGGUCACCAGUGGAAGAAAAUGAAGAAAAUCAUAACCCACGAUUUGCUUUCUCCACACAAGCACCUAUGGCUUCACGACAAAAGGAUGGAAGAGGCUGACAACCUUAUGUUCUACGUCUACAACAAGUGCAAAAUGGGGAAUGAUGGUGUUUCUGGCCUUGUCAAUGUUAGGAGUGCUGCAAGGCAUUAUUGUGGAAACCUUAUCAGAAAAAUUACUUUUAAUGUAAGGUAUUUUGGGGAUGGUAGAGAGGAUGGAGGGCCCGGCUUUGAAGAAGUAGAACAUGUUGAUUCCAUCUUUGAUUUGCUCAACUACGUUUAUUCCUUUUCUGUUUCUGAUUAUAUGCCAUGCUUGAGGGGACUUGAUUUGGAUGGCCAUAAGAAGAAAGUGAAGGAAGCUUUGAGGAACAUUAAGAAGUAUCAUGACCCCAUCGUUCACCAGAGAAUCAAACAAUGGAAUGAUGGUUUAAAGGUUGAUGCAGAGGAUUGGCUUGAUGUUCUCAUCUCACUCAAAGAUGCCAACAAUAAUCCAUCGUUAACAUUCGAAGAGAUCAGUGCACAAAUCNUAGAAUUGAUGCUUGCAACAGUGGACAAUCCAUCCAAUGCAUUUGAAUGGGCACUUGCUGAGAUGAUUAACCAGCCUGAGUUACUGCGUCGAGCUGUUGAAGAAUUGGACAGUGUGGUUGGAAAAGACAGGCUGGUCCAAGAAUCAGACAUACCUAAGCUCAACUAUGUGAAGGCAUGUGCCAAAGAAGCUUUUCGUCUUCAUCCCAUUGCACCUUUCAUUCCUCCCCAUGUCUCUAUGAGUGACACUGUUGUGGGGAAUUACUUCAUCCCUAAGGGUAGCCACGAUGAUGUAGAGGUUGUUAUUCACCAUGAGGGGAAGUUAGUGAAGGAAGGGUGCCUCAAGUAUGAAAAGGAAAGUGAUACUAUGUAUUUUGACCCUAACUUAUGGAGUUACUUUGUUGUAGUGAGUGUAGUAAAAGGGCUUGGGUAUGAUGGAUUUAAGGAUUUGUGGUAUUUUAUUGGAUGUGGUCCUGUAUUAGAUGAUAAGUUAGAAGCCUUCUAUGAUGAUGUAAGAGCCAUGCAUAUGGUCAAUUUAACUAGGUUAAAUGGAGGUGAUGAUGUUACACAUGAGAUGCAUGAGGGUGGUGACUGUGCAGUGUUGGAUGAAAGGACAAAAGAAGAUGAUGGUGGUGUAACCUCACAAAUUGGUGAGGCCACAAAUGAUGGUGUAUGUGAGGUUGAUGUUGGUGAGGGUGAUAAAAUAGAAGUUGUUGAAGGUGAUGUUGAGGGUGACAUAUUAGAUGUUGAUGAAGGAGAUGAUCUUCAGGGUGAGAGAAUAGAAGAUGAUGAAGCACAUGAUGAGAAUACAGAAGCAAAUGAUGUUGAGGAGACAAUAGUAGUUGAUGAAGCACAUGAUGAGAGGACAAAAGUAAAUGAUGUUGUGGAGACAAUAGUAGUUGAUGAAACACAUGAUGAGAGGACAAAAGUAAAUGAUGUUGAGGAGACAAUAGUAAUUGAUGAAGCACAUGAUAAGAGGACAAAAGUAAAUGAUGUUGAGGGUGAGACAAUGGAAGUUGAUGAAGCACAUGAUGAGAGGACAAAAGUAAAUGAUGGUGAGGCUAACAAAACAAAAGUAGAAGAGUUAGAGGACAUAGAAGAACAAGUCCGUGAAUGGAAUACAUUAGAUGAUGAUAAUGGUGAGGUGAAUAGUAUGGAUGGGUUAGUAGACAUAAAUGUCCAGUGUGACUUUAGAGAAAGUGAUAAUUUUGGUGAUAUGGAGGUAGAUUGCAGUACUAUUUCUGAGUCAGAUUUAGAAGAAGAUGACAUUAAUGAUACCAAUUUAUUCAAUGAUGAACGAGAAUACGAGGACUUAACUUAUCCUUACAUCAAUGAUGAAGAAAGUGAUGUUGAAGAGGGAUAUAAGAAUUUUAUGACAUUCACUAUUCUAACAAAUAUGGUUGAUUUCAACUAG